AUGGGCGUGCCAUGGCGGAGGCACGAGGACUUCGAGGCCGAUGACGUCAUCGCCUCCUACACACGCCGAUUCAGCGCCGAAGUUCCCAGUGGCCGCGUGAAGAUCGUGUCAAGCGACAAGGACCUGCUGGAGCUGGUGGGCGAUCAGGUGGAGCUGCUCUACAGCGAUCCACGAAACCCCCAGGCUCCCUUCCUCUCGAUGGACAAGGCUGAGGUUUGGAACAAGUGGGGUGUUCGACCGGAGCAGAUGCCAGACUUGCUCGCACUCAUGGGAGAUGCCGCCGACAACAUCCCGGGAGUUCAGGGAAUCGGGGCCAAGAGAGGAGCAGCACUGCUGCAGCACUGCGGCAGCCUCAAAGCCAUCGUGAGACGGGCGCAAGAGGGCACACUCUCCGUCAAAGGCAUCUCCCCAAGGCUCUGCCGAGUUUUGUGCGAGCAAGGGCCCAGAGCUUUGCAGCUCCUGGAGCAGGUCGUUCGGCUCAAGGAAGUGUCGGUGGAGCCGGAGUUCGAGAGGUUGAGAGUGCCCGAGAGGGAUGAGUCCUGGCAUGACCAUGUCGCCAUCUUCUGCGACUCCGAGGACAUGACAAAGCUGAAGGAGCGUCUAAGAAGCGGCGCCAAAACGGCCGACACGGGCCGUUUGGAGGGAGAGCGCGGGGAGGUCGGGGACGCAGACUUCAGUCGACCUCUAAGCAGGCCGCCCGAGCGCCAAGAGACCGGCAAGGUGCUCGAAGUUCGGACGCCGGAGGAAGCCCGGGAUGCUUUGGAGCUCUUGCGAAGCUACCCGGACGCAACCUUCGCCGUGUUCUCGGCGAGCGAUGACACGGAUCCGAGGCCCGUCUGCCUCGCGAUCUAUGGAGGGUCCUCCCUGUGUCUGGGGGAGGAGGGCCGCACCAAGGUCUGGGUGGAUCUCCUGGAGACGUCUGAGGAAAUGCGUGGCUUGUGGAGGGACUUUCUGGCAGAUCCCUUGAAGAAGGUUUACCACGUCUACGCGGAGACGCAGCGUGGCUUGAGCUGGGGAUGCAUGCCACACAUCCCAGAAAAAGGUGGCUUCGUAGCGGAUGUGAUGCACCUGGCACGCCUCUGGGAUCCGACCUUGAACGAGCUGACCUCCGAGGGGGCCUACUCCUUGGCAUGGCUGGCAAAGACCCUCUUGGGGGCAACUUGGAAGCUGCAGCGACCUCAGGGCGAAAGCGGCAGCAAGAAGAUCGCUGACUUGCAGCAGGGGAGAUGCCGGGAGGACUGGAUCCAGCUCUGUGCAGACAGCGCCGCGGCCGUCUUUUACCUGCACCAGGAGCUCGAAUCGAGAUUGGCGGAGCAGGCAUGGCAGGCCCCCAAGGAGGCCCUUCCUGCAUCGAGGGCCUCGCUGCUGGACUUCUACACUGAGCACUGGCAGCCCCUGGCCAUGCUGCUCUCCGACAUGGAGCUUCGGGGUGUUCCCGUGAACCGGCAGAGGCUGGAGGCCCUGAUCUCCGAGAGUUCCGCGGCUCAGGCAUCAUUGCAAGACGUCUUCUGCAGCUGGGCGAUCCGUUCGGGUGGGCUGGAGGAGGCUUCGGCCCCUGCCUUGAACUUGAACUCGAACCAGCAGGUGGCCCAUUUGCUCUUUGGUUCGGGUGAGAGAGAGUUUCCCGGCUCUGUCCCGGCAGAGGAGCCUGCCAUCCAGCUCUUGCCAGAAGCGGAGCUGUCCUCCCUCAAAAUUCCAGAGCUGAAAGAGCUCUGCAGAGACCGGGCUCUGAUGGUGAGUGGCAAGAAGGCAGAUCUCAUCCGGCGCCUUUCGGAUCCUCAAGUUCAGGCAGAGUCCAGGGCGCGGCGUGCCCCACCGCCCUUCAAGCUACAGGGUCUCUGUCUGGACAUGGACGACAUGGUGACCCGCACAGCUCGCACGGGCAGUGUGCAGCUGACUUUGGAGACCUUGCAGGCACUCGCCGAGCGGGAGAAGGAGCUGCAAUCGGAGGCCGCCGAGCCCCUGCAGAGUUUGCUAUCCUGGCGCCAGCACGAGGCACAGUUGGGCUUCUUGCGGCCCUUGCAGAGCGCCUGUCAUGGAGAUCGGGUCCAUGCGCAGCUGAACCUGAACACGGCCACGGGCCGCCUGUCCACUCGCAGCCCGAACUUGCAGGGCGAGCCGAAGGGCGGCGGCCACACCGUGCGCUCCGUGGUGGCGGCUCCUGCAGGAAAGCGGCUGCUCGUGGCGGACUAUGGCCAGCUGGAGCUUAGGCUGGUAGCACACUUGUCAGACUGCCCCACCAUGAUCUCCAUCCUCUCUCAGGGAGGCGACAUCCACUCCCGAACUGCCUACCACAUGUUCGAGGAGGUUCGGCAGAGUGUGGAUGAUGGGAAGGUGGCUUUGGAGGGCGAGUUUGGGGGAGUGGCGACGGUGAAGGAUCAUUUUCCGGAGCUACGCAGGCGCGCCAAAACACUGAAUUUCUCUUUGCUGUAUGGGAAGACCGCUUAUUCUUUGGGCAAGGACUGGGAUUUGAGCCAAGGGGAGGCAUCUGGCAUAUUCGAUCGCUGGUUUCGAACUUUCCCAGAGAUCGAGGCUUGGAUGAAACAGUUGUACCAAAACGCCGACCGAAGCGCCGCAGCUGUGACACUGCUCGGCCGGCAACGUCAGCUGGGCCGGCUGACUGGGCCAUCCUUCAAAGAGCGCGGGCGCACGCGGCGCGUGGCAGGCAACACACCGGUGCAGGGCAGUGCUGCCGACAUUGUCUUGAGCGCCAUGGUGAAGGUGGAACGCUCGGAGGUUCUCCGAAGGCUUGGCUAUGAUCUCGUGCUGCAGAUCCAUGACGAGCUGCUCAUGGAAGGACCCGAGGAGAAUGCCAAGGAGGCCCUGGCAGAGUUGGUUCGCCUCAUGGAAGACCCGCUCCCCUUCAAGCUCAAGGUGCCCCUGAAAGUGAAUGCCAGCCACGUGCAAACCUGGAAGGAGGCCGAGGUCUAA